AUGGCUGGAAACAUUCCAGUUCCAAUUGAAUCGCGGUUUAUCCAGAAUGUGAAUAAUCCGAACGAUUACCUCACCUUCUCAGGCGAUCUAGACGUCCUCGUCCAACAAGCUCUGGAGCGUAUCAUUGCCGAAACUCCUCCACUGGCUGCAUACUCUCCUGCGCAAUGUCGAGGUCUAUUUCGGGGGCCUACGUCCCUCGCCUACCUCUUCUUGAAACUGGGCGUCAAAUAUCCGUCCAUGAGGAUUCAAGACCAAUCCUCAGGUCAUUGGGCCCAGCUUUACAUGGACGCGGAACGUACAGGAGGCGAUUCAGCGCCUUGUGGGUUGGCAUGUGAAAGUGCCGGGUACUGGGCCGUCAAGACUAUGAUGGAUGGAGCCAACGCAUCCAGGUUUUGCGAAGAGAUGGACCGGUUGGCGAAUGAGGAGGAUCACCCCCAUGAGCUCCUCUUUGGUUACGCCGGGUUGCUGUACAUCAUUCGCGCGGUCGAAUCAUGGAGACCCGAAGCUGCCCGUUCGUUGACAACAAUCAAAGCCCGGAUGAUGGAGAAGGUGCUCGGCGCCGGGCCCGGGUGGGUCUGGCGGGGAAAGCGAUACAUCGGAGCUGUACACGGCGACAUCGGCAUCUUGACACAGAUCUUACUGACAGAUCCAAAGCUUGCUGGAAAUUCUAUGGCAGUAGCUUCCCUUGAUCGGUUACUCAGCUUGCAGCGUGAGGACGGCAACUGGACCACCAAAGAUGACGACGAUAUCCGCUAUGAAGGACUUGUCCAAGAUCACUUCCUGGCCUGGUCGUUGCCAGCGAAGCUCACAGAAGAGCGUGAAGCAGACGAGACCACUUUCCCUGAUGAAGAUGCGGGGAAGAUGUCGACCUGGUUCAACUAUUGGCCUGGUGCGGCAUGGGCUUGGUCGGAAUACCAGUCUGAGAUUCCUGGUAUCAUUCUUUACACUGAUGUCUAG